AUGGUGGGGAUACACUGCAUCGCGACAUUACUAUUCACCGAGCUCCUGCGACCGCAACUACGGGCAGCUGCAGCAGCGCCCGAGACACCUCGUGGAUCUGUUCGGGUAGUGUGGACAUCCAGCUUUUUGGCAGAAGGCGCCUCACCGGCGAAUAGGAUUGAUUUCACCCUGUUAGAUAAGGGAACCAGUGAUCGCACUCGUAACUAUGCUGUCUCCAAAGUGGGAACCUGGAUGCUGCGACGGGAGUUGGCCGGACGAUCCCAUCUCGAGCAGGACAACAUUGUGAGCGUAGUGCAGAAUCCAGGCAAUCUAAAUACGGACAGCUAUGUAGGGACUUCGGCGGUUGCCAUGUUCUUUAUCAGCCCCUUACUCCGUGAGGCCAAGUUUGGGGCCUAUACUGAGCUGUAUGCCGGUUUAUCAUCCGAGAUCACCCUUGAGAAUAAUGGCGGCUAUAUUAUUCCCUGGGGAAGGAUUCGACGGGAUGAGGAUUGCCCGCGACGAGAUAUCGUCGCAGCGAUGACUCCGGCCGAGGAUGGAGGACUUGGAUAUCCAAGACGACUUUGA